AUGGUUUUUAAAUCAAUUGAGUCGCUGAUUAUCAGUUCCGUAGGUAUUAAACAAAUAUCGAAGAUCGUUGAUCCUUUAAAAGCACCCGUUAAUACCAAACUAGUCUAUUCAGGGUCAAUAUUUGAUUCAAGAUGGGAGAAAAUUAGGGACAUUAUCAAGCAAAAUACUGAUGACACACCAGAGAGUACGGUCGAAGAUUUAGAACCUGAAAUUCCGUAUUAUCGAGUUAAUAAAUUUAAAACAAUUAAAGAAUUACGUCUUGAAGUUACACAAGCCUCCAGUUCAGAUCACGAGAAUUUAGAGGAAUCAUCCGAUAGUCUUAGUAGUGAGUUGGUUUUGAAUUCCAGUGAGCCAGUUGUUACAAAUUUGUUUACCAUUAAUACAGAAGAAAUCGGUCGCCGGUAUCAAAAAAUUAAACUUGAACGUGAACCACAUGACAUUAAUUCCUAUGUUGCAUUACAUUCAUAUUACAUCGAGUCACUUAAUAUUCAAUUUUUGCCAGCCCCAAACAACUAUAUCUUGACAGGUGCUUGUUCACUCAUCGAUCCCAGAUUUUUACAUAUAUCCAACAUGCUAAGCUGA